AUGGAGCGGCUGAAGACCAACUGCCGCCGGAGGGAUACCACUUCAGUCUUAGGGCACCUCUACGGUUUCGAACUGCUUGUACCUAUAGGGCACCUACUGCCUACAGCACUAAGCAAGAGGGGCCUAGGACCGGCCAAGUCGCAUAUAAAGCCAGCAGGGCGCACGGAGGGAGCAGUGCUUGUUGGAAGCUCCCGUUCUACACAACUUGAAGAUAUGAAGGCUGCUCUGUGUGUCCUACUACUGGUGUCCGCCGUCGUGUACGGCGCAGAAGAGAAGAAGAACGAGAAGAGAGGCGUGCUCGGCCUCGGGUACGGGCUGGGGGCGCCGAUCUCCUCCCCGCUCGUCUCCAGCGGCUACUACGGCCACGGAUUAGGGUUAUACAAUAAUGGAAUAUACGGCAACGGUCUACUGGGCCACGGUCUCUACGGAGGGGGUCUCUACGGGGCUGGACUCCACGGGGUGCCGCUGGCGGCGCCGCUGUCUGCUCCACUCGUCAGCCACAGCCCCUACGCCUCCCCUUUACUCGGUCUAGGUCACGGCUACUUACAUUGAAGCUGUAAGACCGUAAGGUCUGGUUAAAUCUAGUGCCAAAUUAUUAGGUUGCUAU